CCUCAACAUUAUAUCUUUAAUCCUGCAUGAAUAUUAAAAAUGAUUUAAUAGCCUGUAAUGUCCUUGUUUAGAAUUCAUGAAAUGAUGAUGUUUAGGUGCUAAACUAGGGUUAUCAAUCCAAUUUGUCCUUCAGUUUUUAUUUGACUAUUCCGGCAUAGUUUUUUCUGCAACUUUGGUUCAGUUUUGUUUUGUUUGGUCACAUAUUUUUUUCUAUCUUAGUUUAAACCAAAAUACCCUGAAAAAUGUACCAACAAGAAGGCAAUUUAGUAUUUUCCGGAUGAUGCCUUUUGGGGAUGAAAGACUUGAAUGGACAGACAAAAGGAUAUGUACGAGACACAUAUGAAAACGACCUAUGAAAAGAGGUAAAAGACUAAAAGAGCACCCAAGUUCUACUUGCUGAGUUGCUUCUAAGCUCUAACCCUUCAUUUCUUUACCUUUCUUUCUGAUAAUAUUCUUCUUCUUUUUCCUUUUAUAUCUUCACUUCUAAAUUAUUUUCUUCUUUGGAUAACAUUUGCUGUUUAUAUUAAUUAUUCUUAUUACUAAUAAUGAUAACGUAGAACUAUUUUUGUAAUUUGAGAUAGAAAAGUAUAUAUAUAUUGUAAAUUUCUAUAGAAUCUGCUUUUAGGUAGUGAUAACCUUAUAAUUUUUAUUCUAGAAAGAACAUAACUCUAAAAAUGUAAAAAGAUCUUUGUCUUGUCACUAAUCUCUAUCUCUAUGGAAAGCAAACAAAAAAGGUGGUGGAGCCUAGGAGUAAGAAUGAGUGCGUGCAUAUAUAAAUACUGAAAGGGGAGGGAGAAAACAAAACACAACAUAACUCAAAGGCAAAACAGAGGAACACUUAGGAUUCAUAAGACAGAGAGACAAAAAGAUUGGUGGGUCUGAAGGAGAAGGGGAUCUAAGACAUCACUUCUCUUUUUUUUAGCUUUCACUUCAAGACAAAAAAAAGAAGGAUGAGUUUGUGGGGAGUGAUGGGAGGAGGAUGGGGACUGGUAGAAGAAGGUUGGAGAAAAGGACCUUGGACUGCUGAAGAAGACCGUCUACUGAUCGAUUAUGUGCGGCUUCACGGGGAAGGUCGAUGGAACUCUGUGGCGAGGCUCGCAGGAUUAAAGAGAAAUGGCAAAAGCUGUCGGUUAAGAUGGGUUAAUUACUUAAGACCAGACCUCAAGAGAGGACAAAUCACUCCUUAUGAAGAAAUCAUUAUCCUUGAGUUACAUGCUAAGUGGGGCAACAGGUGGUCAACAAUUGCUCGUAGUUUACCAGGAAGAACAGACAACGAGAUCAAGAACUACUGGAGAACCCAUUUCAAGAAGAAGACAAAAUCUCCAAGUAACAAUGCGGAGAAGACAAAAAACAGAAUCUUGAAGAGGCAACAAUUUCAGCAGCAAAGACGGAUGGAGUUGCAGCAAGAACAACAAUUGCUUCAAUUCAACCAAAUCGACGUGAAUAAGAUCAUGUCUUUACUAGACGAUAACAACAAUUAUAAUGACUUCAGUAGCAGUAGUAGCGGCAGUAGUGGCGAAGGUGGUGCCUUCUAUGUUCCUCAUCAGAUCAAAAUUCCAACACCAAAUUCUGGUCAUGACCCAAAUGGUAAUGGGUUCUGCCCCGUGGUUCCGGCGCCAACAGUUGAGGCUAACGUGAAUGAAGAUUUCGCAAUUUGGAAUGGUAUAUGGAAUCUGGAUUUAGAAGGACAAGGAAGCUUUGGUGACGGUGCUUGUGUCCCAAGGAAGCACUGUUUCCAGAACUGGCCUAUUCCCUCUAACUUGACCUUUUAAGUGUCUUAUCUGCCGGAAAAUCACAUGACUUGACUGACAAGUGGUCGAGUUUGAGUUUGGUUUUGUUUUAUCUUUCCUGAUUUUGGGUUUAACAUAAGUAGUUUGUUAUCCAUUGUGUGUGAUGUUAUAAGAAGCUCAUUUGGGCAACUUCCAAGUUAAAGAGUGAUGUAGUAGAAAGUCUGUCGAAGAAUGGCGUCAGUUGAGUAGAGCAAAUAAAAUAUUGUUACUUG